AUGACGUCCGAAGGCACGACGCCGACGGUGGCGACGCCGGCAGCAAUGACAGCAUCGACGACGACGGCGACAGCGACUACGGCGUCCGUAGCUGUAAAAUUGCCGGACUUCUGGAAGACGGACCCCGCGAUGUGGUUCGCACAAGCAGAGGCCCAGUUCGUCCUGGCAGGUGUGACCCGAGAUGAAACCAGGUUCUAUCAUAUUAUCGCCAAGGUGGACCAAACAGUUUUGUGUCACAUCUCCGAUCUCGUGGCAAACCCGCCGCAAGCGAACAAGUACGACGCUAUCAAGGAAAGACUUCUGCGGCGCUUCGAAAUGUCACCUCAAGCGAAGAUGGAAAAAUUGCUCAAUUCCUGCGAUCUGGGAGACAUGAAGCCAACGCAUUUACUUGCGAAAAUGCAGGACCUGGCGGCCGGCUUGCGAGUUGAUGACAAUCUUAUGAAAAUGUUGUUCAUCCAAAGGCUUCCGCCAAAUGUUCGAUCUGUUCUCGCGAUUCAUGAUGGUACUCUUUCCAAGCUGGCGGAGAUGGCCGACAAAAUGUUGGACUCAACGUUUUCCCACGUAGCAGCGGCGACUGUACCGGCGCCGCCAACAGCAGCAGCAGUCCCGGGCCAGGAGGAAUUAAAUGAGCAGAUUGCUUAUCUUACCGCCGAAAUUCGUAAGCUGAAAUCAACCAGAAGAGGCCGGAGUCGUUCCAGUUCGCGCGCCCGCCGUUCAACAGAUCAAACGGAAACAUGUUGGUACCAUCGAAAGUAUGGCAACCGAGCACGUCAGUGUCGUUCGCCUUGCGGAUUCCAGCGAUUUUCAAAAAACUAG